AUGUUAACAAUACAAGUACAAUCAAAUAUUAUUAGAUUACUAUGUAAUCAAAAUAAAGUAAAGUUGGUUGAACUAUUUUAUUUGGCGAGUGUAUCUAAACAGAUACGUAAUACUGUCAAGAAAUGUGUUGGUAGAAGAUUUAAACUAAGAUUCAACCCAUUCACCGAAUCAAUACAAGAUUAUAGACUUCAUAUUGACAAUCCUCUAUGUCUAUUUGAUCAAGUACAUCGAAUAGUCAGUAGUACGAAAUACCAAAAGGAAUGUCAUAUUGCAACCAACAUUGAAUACGUUGAAUCAAACCUCGAAUGGUUUCACUCGUCGUUUAUCAAUAGUAUAGAAUCAAUUCAAACUGAAGAUGAACAUGGUGAUGCUCAUCAAUGGUUUAAUCUAAUGUUUAACCAACCAAGACAUAUCAAGUUAUCAAGAAAAGAAGAAGGAGAAGGAGGAGGAGAAGGGUUGCUACUCCCAAACUUACAAAAACUAGAAAUCUACCCAUUUAAUUAUAAACCAGACCAUAUCUCUCAAUUCCUUCAACAAGCAAUAAGAAAUAGUAAAAAAGAAACAAAAGAAGAAGAUAGUAGUACUAUCACAUGUUUAGACAUUUCACCAGAAUACUUUCAACAUUUAAAACAACUAAUUAUACAUACUGGUACUAGUAUUACAGUUAACCGUAAAGAAAUGGUGAUAAAGGUAUUGGAAAGUUGUAAAGAAUUGGAAAGACUUGAAAUCAUCCUAAACGAACAAAUGAAACCUAUGGAAUAUAUAGCUCCAUUUGAAGCCAUUCCAAAGACAAUUACUAGUCUUGCCAUUACCUUUGGUGGACAAUUCUACAAUCCUCGAGAUAUACCGUAUAACUUGUUACCCAAGACACUCACAACACUUCAACUACCAGACGAAUAUCUCGGCCAGAAAUGUAUCAACUAUCUGUCGUCUAGUCAAGUCACCAAGAUUGAAAGUCCAAUUCGUCUCGAUGACGAAACUAUCAACUUGACAUCAACAAAACUGACCAAUAUUGUAGUGGAUAUUGGCUACCAUCACUUUGUCAAUCUUAAAGAUAAACUACCAACAACCAUCAAAAAGUUAAAACUAAUGUAUCCAACACCAUCAAAAGAUAUCAUUACAAAUUGUCAUCUACCAUCAUUGACAAGUCUAGUGCUUGUACAUAGUUCUAAUCGAUCUGGAUUCACUGGUAAUUUCUCUUGGGAUGAAAUGACUGACCUUGUCAAAACCAAUCCACUCGUACGUAAGAUUAGGUUAUCCAUCUUUUCAUCAAUCUAUACAAAGUUUGAUGAUCUCACAUCUGAUGAAAUACACCCAUUACUACAUUUCAUUGGAAAGAUUGGUUCUAAAUUUCAAAGAUUAAUCAUUGAAAGUAUCAAACCUACUUUUCACUCUUCUCUAAAUGAUAUCUAUUUGGAUUAUUUAAAAGAUAAAAAUCAUAGUAAGAAUAAUAAUAAUAAUAAUAAUAAUAACUCUCCUCCUCCAACUCUACAAUUAAUUCAAAAAGAACAUCUAUCAAUUUUUAUCAAUACAAAUAAUUAUAAUAUAAUUAUAUAA